GUUUGUUUGGGUUUAAAGUGCCGUGCCGAUGUGCUCAGGGGGCAGGGCAGCUGGAAACGGGGCGACCAAAACAAGGGGGUUCCAACUUUCAAAUAUACACUUGGGUAUCUGAGUGUGGGUGGGAUUACAGUCAUUUAUGUGUGCACGGAGAAUAUCGUUGUGGUUGUGAAACAAAAAUGUAACCUCGCUUUGAAUUUGUGGCUUUUCAGAAAUGGAGAAAUAAAUCAAGCGAAUUAAAUCAACUUAAAGACAGCGUUUUUUCCUGGAUCAAAAUAUUAAGAUGGCUUUCACUCAGGGGAUUCUCUCUGCUGUGGUAGGACUACCUGCCAACUUCUGUGUCAGAUUUUUCCUGCUGUCUUAAGUGAUGAUGAGAAAAUGAAACAUAUUUUGGAGUGCUCUAUGGAUCUAUGUUAAAAAUGGAGAUUCGUUGUGGUGGCCUCCUUUUUAGUUCUAAAUUUGAUUCUGGAAACCUGGCCAGAGUGGAAAAGGUUGAACGCCCUGAAGCUGAUACCGAGACUAGUGUUAAUGCAAGUACAUCAUCUGGAGUUUUUGGAGGUGUCAUUUCUUCACCAGAUUAUGAGUUUAAUGUUUGGAAUAAACCCGACUGUGCUGAAACUGAGUUUGAAAAUGGAAACAGGUCCUGGUUCUAUUUCAGUGUCCGUGGGGGAACACCAGGAAAACUUAUUAAAAUUAAUGUAAUGAACAUGAAUAAACAGAGCAAACUGUACUCUCAAGGAAUGGCACCCUUUGUAAAGACUCUACCUGUAAAACCAAGAUGGGAGAGGAUACGGGACAGACCUACAUAUGAGGUAAUUGAGAACCAGUUUAUUUUGUCCUUUACUCAUCGUUUUGUAGAGGCCAGAGGAGCUACAACAUAUUUUGCUUUCUGCUAUCCUUUUUCAUAUACUGAGUGUCAGGACAUGUUGCUACGGUUGGAUCAGAAGUUUGCAGAGUCAACUCUACUGACCCCCAGCAGUUCUCCAGAUUCAAUUUAUUACCACCGGGAGCUGCUGUGCUACUCUUUAGAUGGACAUAAUGUUGAUCUUAUCACUGUUACUUCUUGCCAUGGAAUGAUGGAAGAGAGAGAACCAAGGCUGGAAAAAUUGUUUCCUGAUAACUAUACCCCACGCCCACACCAGUUUGUUGGAAAACGAGUUUAUUUUCUUAGUAGUCGAGUACAUCCAGGUGAAACACCUUCAAGUUUUGUGUUCAAUGGAUUUUUAAACUUUAUUUUGAAACAAGAUGACCCUCGGGCCCAAAUGCUGAGGAGGAUGUUUGUCUUUAAAUUAAUUCCAAUGUUAAACCCUGAUGGAGUAGUAAGAGGUCAUUACAGAACCGAUUCCAGAGGUGUGAAUUUAAAUCGUCAGUACCUCAAUCCAGAAUUUGAACUUCACCCCUCUAUUUAUGGAGCUAAGGCUAUCAUAUUGUUUCACCAUGUAAAUAAUCGUGUUUGUCCUGAUUCACCAGAUUGGAAGUCGUUUGUAUCUCCAAUGUGUUCAGAUUUGUUAAGCACAAAGCCUUUGAAUCAUUCCAAUAGAAAUUGUAAUUUUCCUUCAGAUACAUUAUCUGAAAUGGAAAUAAGCAAAAAUUUGAGAAAUGAAGAACUUUGUAUUGAACAAGAAGGUUUCACUUCUAUACAUGAUUUUGAUCAUGAAGAAAUAACUAUGCAGACUGAAAACAGUGGGCAGCUAACCUCUGAAAACUUAAAUAAAAAGGAAGAGACUUUGAAAAAUGAUAAGGUUGUACCUUCAUAUACUAUUAUAAAAGAUGAAAAUGAAGAAAUGAAAGGCAGAUCUGAUAACCCACCUCAGCAUAUUCUUCCUCAUGAGAGUGGCAUUGCUUAUUAUGUUGAUCUUCAUGGCCAUGCGUCAAAAAGGGGUUGCUUUAUGUAUGGGAACAACUUACCUGAAGAAAAUGAACAGGUGGAAAACCUACUUUAUCCAAAAUUGAUAUCUAUGAAUUCAGCCCAUUUUGAUUUCUUAGGCUGUAAUUUUUCAGAAAAGAACAUGUAUGCCAAAGAUAAAAGAGAUGGGCAGUCAAAGGAAGGAAGUGGACGUGUGGCUAUUCACAAAGCCAUAGGGUUAAUUCACAGCUAUACUCUUGAAUGUAAUUAUAACACGGGACGCUCAGUAAAUACAAUUCCUCCAGCUUGUCAUGAUAAUGGUAGAUCAAGUCCACCACCACCUCCUGCAUUUCCUCCAAAAUAUACAGUUGAAGUAUUUGAACAGGUUGGCAAAGCUCUGGCUGUUGCUGCAUUAGACAUGGCUGAAUGCAACCCUUGGCCUCGGAUCAUAAUGUCUGAGCAUAGCUGUCUCACCAAUUUGCGAGCAUGGAUGUUGAAACAUGUGAGAAACAGCAAAAGUGUAACCAACAAUUCAAAGAAGAAUGGAAAUAAGCUUUCCCCUCCAAAAGGCUCAUUUGGCCUUACAACCUCAGCCUCAGAAAAUGCCCUAAACAGAACCAGAAGUAAUAGUAAUGGCACCACCAGUGGUAGUAGCAGCAGUCAACAGAAUUCCCCACAACUGAAAAGCUCGCCCAGCUUCACUUUUGGCUGCAGUCUUGGCAUUGGAAGACCUUCUUGCUCAACAACAUCUAGUCUGAGUCUACAAAAGGGUGUCCAGAGGGUUCUAGGACCAGUGAGAGAGUCUAGAGCUCAGGAGAAGAGGCGUCCUCACCACCAGUCAUUGUUAAGAGCAUCCACCAGCAAUCCCAGCUGUUUCCAGUCCUCCCCAGCCCAUAUUCCAAUACCUUCCUCAUCCUCUUUUAGCAUGGGCCUUCCCAAGAGUUCUUCCACCUCCCAGCAGCUUUCCAACCUUGGCCCUUGUACUAUUCCAGCUUCUUUCAGCAUGUCAGGCUUCAGCUAUUCUAGUUUGCAUGCUGGGUCCCACAAUAGUGGCUUUCAUUUAAAGGGUCAAAUACAAGAAAAUCAUCAAAUAAAAAAGGAUUCCAGGCCUGGACAUGUUUCACCACAGAACUCUCAGAAGAAAGGAAAUCUCCGUUUGAAGUCCUCAGGAGAUUUUUCCAGGAAUGAACUAAAGACAAGAGGCAGCAAAAUCCCCAUUAGAAAAAAUGCAGUAUUUGGUCCAAGUGUGUUUCAACGUAACAUUCUUAAUGGGGAACCAAUUUUGAAAGUGUGGAGUCUCAAAAAGCAACCAACAGGAAUGGGUAUUCUAGGUGUGGAAAGUUCAGCCUUGCUUCUCAACUCCAGACCACUCCAAAAAUAUAAGAGACCAGGAUCACUAAAUGUGAAUGACCCAAAUUCAAGGACACCAACAGAUACCACUAAGGAUCUUACAGAAAACCAGUUAUCCUCAAGGGAGAUUCUGACGUAUUCAAGCAUCUUGUGCAGCGAAGCAUGAACAAACAGGAGGAGCAAUUCACUGUUCACAGAAGGUGGCCAGCCUGAGGUUAUUACAAUUAUAGCUCUGAUUAAGCUGCAUUAUCUUUGGGUGUAUUUAUUCACUUUUAGUAAAUGGCAUCCACAGUGGUCUUUCUGCAUGUCAUCCAGGAAAGACUUAAUGCUUGAUGGGACAGAAAUAUGAGCUUUGACUGCCAUCCAGGCCGCAUGUGAUGUGCAGUUUGCUGCAGGAUGUGCUCCUUUUUUCCAGCAUCUUAAAUGGGAGUCCAACUCAGUGGAUUGUGGAAAGGAUACGUAUUGGCAUGCUUGCUGCCACUUAAAGUCAAGUGGUCUGUUGGGUCAAUGAAACAAAACAGCUCUGUUGGCAGUUCUUUAAUUCACCACCAAAAUAUCUUGCUCAGGUUUAAUCUUUACAAGCCACUGCACAUGUAAGACUGAAUACUUGUGUUUAUUUUUCUAUUUAUUUGCGUUGCGGGGUUUGGUGCUUUACUUUUUAAUCAGACACCAUUUCUCAAUUAUCUCACUACUUUUCAUUUCACAUUAUUUUGUUUUCUGAACUUUCUUAGCAUGGUUAUAAUUAU